AUGCGAAUGUUCGGCUAUGCUCAGGCCUCCCGUCUCGUCUGCUAUUUCCAUGUGGCUACAUACUGGAAUUGUGAUGAAGUUGAGAACUGCCAAGUGGAACUAGUUCGGGAGAUGGCCGUCCAUGAUCCACGGUUCAAUCGAUGGUACAAAUCAGCGGGAGAUGAGCAAAAGACCACGGGGGUUCUUGGGGAAAGGACCGAAAGCGAUCUCGACGAGUUGCUACGACCCAAGGCUCGCAGUUCCUGGCAAUGA